AUGGAAGAGAAAUAUGAUGUUAUCGCUUGUGGAACUGGCUUCAAGGAAUGCCUUCUUUCUGGCCUUCUUUCUGUAGCUGGCAAGCAUGUCCUUCACGUCGAUCGUAACGAUUUCUACGGUGGCGAAUGCGCUUCUCUGAACAUCACACAGUUCAUGGAACAGAUGCAGCCAAAGGGAGAAAAGCAAGAUCUUGGUCCAAACCGUGAAUGGAACAUUGACCUUAUUCCAAAGUUCAUCAUGGCUGAUGGCAAACUUGUUAAGGCCCUCAUCCACACAAAGGUCAACGAAUCCCUUAACUUCCAAUUCAUUGCCGGCUCCUACGUUCUUUCAAAUGGCAAGGUUGAUAAGGUCCCAUCCAACGCUAAGGAAGCACUUGCAACAUCUCUUGUCGGCUUCUUUGAAAAGCGCCAUCUCAAGAACUUCCUUGAGUUUGUUGCUGAUUAUGUUAAGAACCCAGAAAAUCCAAAGUAUAAAGAUGUUGCCCAAAUGAAUGCCAAGCAAAUUAUGGAGAAGCAUUCUCUUGCUAAGGAGACAAUGGACUUCAUCGGUCAUGCCAUGGCUCUUGAACCAGAUGAUGAGUACCUUACUCGCCCUGCCACCGAGCUCAUUGAAAAGAUGAACCUUUAUGGCAACUCAAUCAACAAGUAUGAAGGACAGAACUCUCCAUACCUUUAUCCAAUGUACGGCCUUGGUGACCUUCCACAAGCUUUCGCUCGUCUCUGCGCAGUUUGGGGUGGUGUUUACAUGCUCAACCGCAAGGUUGAUGGCAUUCUUAUGGAGAAUGGCCGUGCUGCUGGUAUCAUCUCAGGCAAUGAAAAGGCUUAUGCUCCAAUCAUCAUUGGCGAUCCAUCAUACUUCGCUGACAUCCCAGGAAAGACAAAGAAUGUUGGUCAGAUCGUUCGCGCCAUCUGCCUCCUCCACCACUGCCCAGAUUGCAUGAAGGGUGAAGUUGAUUCAGCUAACAUCAUUCUUCCACAAUCCUCUGUUGGCCGUAAGCAUGAUAUUUAUAUCUGCUAUACAUCAUACCAGCAGAAGGUCUGCCCAAAGGGUUGGUACAUUGCAAUUGCUUCCACAUCUGUCGAGACAGAUCAGCCAGAGAAGGAACUUGACCCAGCUCUUAAGCUUUUCGGCAAGAUUGAUUACAUCUCACUCAAGGUCCAUGACGUAAUCGUUCCAGCAAUUCCAGGUUCUCAGGAUGGCUGCUAUUGCUCUUCCUCCUAUGAUCCAACCACCCACUUCGAAACAACAAUCGAUGAAGUUCUCAAGCUCUAUGAGGAAAUCAUGGGCAAACCAGUUGAUUUCGAUAAGAAGAUGGAGUAA